GGGGACUCGCCGGCCGCCCGACGACGGGGAGCAGCACGGACUGAGGCGCCGCCGGCCCGGCGGGGAUGGGAGCGAGGAGCGCCCCGUCCCCGGCGCCCUGAGCGCCGCCGUUCCCCUCCCCCAGCGGAGCCGCGGGGACCCCCCUCUCGGCAGAGCAGCGAGUGAAAUAAGGAAAAAUAUUCCCGAUUCCCUGCAGAAACCAAAGCCCAAGCCCAGGCCCUCCAUCACCAAGAGCACGUGGGAGAGCAGCUACUUCGGGGUGCCCCUGGCCAGCGUGGUGUCCCCAGAGCGGCCCAUCCCCGUCUUCAUCGAGCGCUGCAUCGAGUACAUUGAGGCCACGGGGCUGAGCACCGAAGGGAUUUACCGGGUCAGCGGCAACAAGUCGGAGAUGGAGAGUCUGCAGCGGCAGUUUGACCAGG